AGAAAGGGAAAGGAAAAAAGAAAGGAAAUAAUGUCCACUUUGUAGAAAAGGAAACAGAGGCGCAGAAAACUGAGGAAGCCUCUUUCCUUGAGGAGAUGAUCAUGUUUGACAGGAAAAUAUGAGCUCACAGUGGUAAAGCCGAGUAAGAUCCUGGGAGGAGCUGCAGACCUUGCAAAACCCCCAAAAAACCGGCCUAAAUUCAGGAGCCCCUCCUCCGCCUGCGUCGCCAUGGCAACAUUCCUGCACAUGCGCUUCGUGGACAGCGUCUAGGCCUGGCGGAAGCAGGCUCUGCAGGCAGGGCAGAAGAAGGGCGGGCUUUUAAAAGAUCGUCACCCUGCUAGCGGGGACUGUGAAGGGUUGCUGGAACGCCCGGUGCUGCCCCCUUCCGUGGUCAUUGAUACUGCCAGCUACAAGAUCUUUGUGUCCGGAAAGAGUGGCGUGGGCAAGACAGCACUGGUGGCGAAGCUGGCAGGACUAGAAGUGCCUGUAGUACACCAUGAGACCACUGGACCUUUGAGAUCUCCCUAUACAAGCAUCAAGACUAUUUUCUCCUGGCGAGGGCCAACUCUUCCUGCUCUGCCAAGGACUGCAGAGGGAGACUUUAUUUCCCGAGUCUGAGGAUUCUCCCAGGUAUUCAGACCACUGUGGUGUUUUGGCCAGCCAAGCUGAAGGCCAGCGGCCGUGUUGUUAUGUUCCGUUUUGAAUUCUGGGACUGUGGGGAGUCCGCCCUCAAGAAGUUUGAUCACAUACUGCCGGCUUGUAAAGAGAAAGCGGAUGCCUUCCUCUUCCUCUUUUCCUUCACUGACCGUGCCUCCUUCGAAGACCUUCCCGGACAGUUGAGCCGUGUAGCCGGUGAAGCCCCCGGGGUUGUCAAGAUAGUUAUUGGUUCCAAGUUUGACCAGUACAUGCAUACAGAUGUGCCGGAGCGGGACCUCACAGCCUUCCGGCAGGCCUGGGAACUGCCCUUGUUCCGGGUGAAGAGUGUGCCAGGGCGGCGGCUGGCAGAUGGACGAACCCUGGAUGGGCGGGCUGGGCUGGCUGACACAGCCCAUGUGCUCAAUGGCCUUGCAGAACAGUUGUGGCACCAGGACCAGGUGGCAGCCGGCCUGCUCCCCAGCUCCCCAGAGAAUGCUCCUGGCUGAAUGGUGACAGCAUCCUGAGUAGAGACUGGUACUAGUGAUCCCCACUUCUACCCUGAGGACCAGCUGGGAAGGGCCCUCACAUGGUGAUGAGAUGGGGCACGAGGCUCCAGAGUUAAAAGGCACCCCACCCCUGCCCUUCACUCUGACGCAGCACCCACAAAAUGGUGAUGGGGGUGGGUUCUCAGACGGGCCCUGUUGUAACUUUAAUUUUUUUUCAAAUCCUGUUUUUUGGUUUUUUUUUUUUUUUUUUUUUUUUUUUUUUUUGGUUCUUUUUUUUGGAGCUGGGGACCGAACCCAGGGCCUUGCGCUUCCUAGGCAAGCGCUCUACCACUGAGCUAAAUCCCCAACCCCGCUCAAAUCCUGUUUUUAAUGAUGGUUCUUAAAUGCUUUAACCUCCCUUGUAGCCCCACACGCAGCAGAAGUCGUGGAAAAGAAAGAGUUUAGGGGAAGUGGACCUGUUUAGAAAACCUUUGGAGUAACUCCCAUCUGUGUUGUCUGGAAAUCAACAGUUCAGUCCAUAGGUCAGCAGCGGCAGCUCGAUCCACUCGCAAACACUUCACAGAUGCACCAGCAGUCCCGCUCAGUAGAGUCGGGUUAGCAAACAGGAAUGAGCAGCAGUAGCACUGCCUAGCAGAGACAGCCAGGCUUCAGCCUCGGCCCAAGUGAGCAGAGCGGACCCAGACAGACACCGGGAGACGUUCUCAGCGGUGCCUCUCUCAGGAAAUCAGAGGUCAGCGAAGACUUGAGGCCCACAAGCAUUGCACAGCUAGCUGUACCAGCAAGCCAAGCUCUGUCUCUGUCACUCUGUGGAGUCCUAUUUAUACCCUCCAAACAUCACGUGUCCUCCAUGUGCCUUGCCUCAGUGCGUGCAUCCAAUCAGCCCGAGUCCAAGGAAGCUGUAAGAAACCACAACACAUCGCCAGAAGGUUUUUGGUGCAUUUCUCUCUAUGGAGUCCCGACAAUUACAACUCAACUAUGCAUGUAAGGCGAACCAAUACAUGUGUGUCAUUAGCAAAGAAGCCUUCAUCACAUGUCCUUUCACAUGCUUAAGCAGAGCAUUCUCUCUCCUGUGUCUGCUUCAGCGAGACAUUCUUUCCUGUGUUUGACUUACCCAAACACCAUCCAACAUGACUGACUUUCCUAUGAGCCCUUAAAUUUCCACUUCAACAGGCAUCCAAGGUUUCAGAGGUGAAAACAACCCUUGGGGCUGGAGAGAUGGCUCAGCGGUUAACAGCACUGACUGCUCUUCCAGAGGUCCUGAGUUCAAGUCCCAGCAACAGUAUGGUGGCUCAAAACCAUCAGUAAUGGGAUCUGAUGCCCUCUUCUGGUGUGCACUUAUAAAUAAAUCUGAAAGAAAGGAAGGAAGAAAGAAAGAAAGGGAGGGAGGGAGGGAGGGAGAGAGAGAGAGAGAGAGAGAGAGAGAGAGAGAGAGAGAGAGAGAGAAAACAACCCUUAUGCCAGUGGACCAGGCCUCUCACUGGCUUCCCCUGCCUAUCUUGCUUCUACCCUGCAGGAGAGGAGACACUGUGCUGGGGACUGCCUCCCUUCUUCUGGGAUACAGGACCAGAAUGUGCAGAAGCUGCUGGGUGGGCCAAAGCUGCGGGGUGGGCCAAAGGGAGGCCAUGGCUAAGUCCUGGGUGGGGCCUGAGUAGGUCUUACCUCCUGGCCAACCUGGGCCAGUCCUAAUGUUAGCACGACAGGUCUAGACUAGUGUAGCAUGGUGGACUGUGCCAGGAAACUCAGUCAGGUAGAGUGGGUCUGAGUCCCCAGAAACUUGGGGUACUACUGAGGCAGAAGUCAGCUCCCUGCUCCCUGCCAGAUUCCUGGCCUGGGACAUGGGCCACAGUUUUCACAUAAGGAACCAUGACCUGUGGUCACAUAGGCCCAGAACAGAGCUCUCCAUGCUAAUAAGGUACCUAGAGGCCCUGAGAGUUUAGCUAAUAAGCUUCCCUUCCCAGACAUUCCUCCCUGGAAAAGGUAUUUAAUCUCAGGUACCCUGAGAAGUGGGUACCGCAUCCAUUUUCCACAAUGAGCAACCAAUAAACAGUUUGGAACCAA